UUUCUUCAGAGUUGUCAUCUCGUCCUUCGUCCGUAACCAUAAUCCUAAAUGUUUCGCCCUCUCCUUUCCCACAGGCUAGAAUUCUUGAAUUUACCUCAAAUUCAAUUUCAACGAUGGAGAACUACGAAGUAUUGGGAAUUCUUGGCGCCGGGGGCUUCGGCCAGGUCGUCAAGUGCAAACACGUCUCUUCUGGUGACAUCUACGCCAUGAAGAGAUUCAGUCCAAUGGAUGACAUGGAGUACAUCUUUCAGAGGGAACUCGCGCCUCUGUCGGUGUUGAAGCACGAGAACAUCGUGGUGCUGCUGGAGGUGUUCACCCACCAGGGCAACCUGAUGGCCAUCUUCGAGCUGCUGGAACGCAGCAUCAUGGAUGAGCUGGAUCAGAAGCAGCGCGCCCUUGACAGCCUGGUCAUCCGGAAGUACACCUUCCAGAUGCUGAGGGCCUUGGAGUUCGUUCACAGUCACCACAUGAUCCACCGAGACGUCAAGCCCGACAACGUGCUGGUGUCGCGUUCGGGAGUGGUCAAGCUGGCGGACUUCGGCUGUGCGCGGCUGUCGGGCGGUGCUUCCCUGCCGCGGACGUCCUGUGAAGGCACGCUGUGGUUCAUGGCACCGGAGGUCCUGGUGAAGGAUCCCAGCUACACCACAUCUGUUGAUGUGUGGGCCCUUGGAUGCACCAUCGCAUUCAUGGCCACUGGGAAGCCCUUCCUCAUGGGUACCACAGUAAGGUGUCAGAUCGAGGAGGUGAUCAUGAAAGUGGGUGAGGCCUCUCACUGA